CCCCACGGCGUAGAGAUGUUCAACAAUCUUGAAGACGACUCUUUCCAUACCUACACAAACAAACACAACACGGAGAGUUUCCAAGUAACAACUUGGCUACUAUCGCUGUCUACAUAAUUUUCAAACACAAUUUUCCUAUAAAUUACACGGCUCGCUAUGCACUAAUCUACACUGAAAUAAUGAGUUUUAAUGAAGUGAAACUCUUGGGUUCGUGGCAAAGCCCGUUUGCAUUUCGGGUCCGAAUCGCACUCAACAUCAAAUCUGUAGCAUAUGAUUUUCAACAGGAAGACGUUUUAGUGGCUAAGAGCGAUCUCCUUUUACAAUCCAAUCCGGUUCACAAAACAAUCCCGGUUCUCAUACAUAACGGCAGGCCCAUAUGUGAAUCACUCGUGAUUGUACAGUAUAUCGACCAAGUUUGGGCUUCAGGGCCCGGAUCAAUCCUCCCUUCCGACCCCCAUGAUCGGGCCAUGGCCCGUUUUUGGACCUCAUACAUCGACGAUACGUGGUUUAAGCACCUAAAUGCGACCUUACUCUCCCAAGGAGAAGAUGCAAGAAGAAAAUCACACGACGAAACAAGCAAAGGACUGCUUGUGCUGGAGGCGGCGUUGGGCUGCCAAAAUUUCUUUGGCGGCGACAGAAUUGGAUACGUGGACGUUGCGUUGGGAUGUUUCCUGCCAUUGAUAAGCGUGAUAGAGAAAGAGUGCCAUAUCAGAUUGAUUGAUGAAUUCAAGACUCCUAAAUUGUUGAAAUGGGCUCAACAUUUUUCUGCAGAUGCUGCUGUUAAAGAUAUAUUGCCUGAUACGGAUGAGCUCUGCGAGUGCUACAGAUCUCAUGUUUCUGUAAUCAAAGGCUGGGGCUAGCUUCUGCAACCAAAAAGGAUCUUAUAGUUCAAGAAUCACAACUAUCUUACUUGUCUUUUCUUGAUUUGGAAUUAGUUUGUGUUUUUCGAAUUCAAGAAUAUAAUUUUUUUAUUAUUGAA